ACAGAAGCGAUUUCUUGGCACCUCCCGCAGCUCCACCAGCGCAUCAACCGGUGAAUCAACCGUUGCUGGAGAAGAAGCCGGUGAGAUGAAGCUGACGCUUGGAUCUCCAAGUACAUAGCCUGGUCUCAACUGAUGAAAGAAAAGCCACCGAAGAAAGCGGGAUUGAACCAACCACCAGAUCCGCAAGAAAAACAACUGACUAAAUUGGAGCGGACUCGUCCUCAGAUCGAUCUCUCUGUUUAAAGAGGACGUAUCCCGCACGUAUCACACGACGAUGGCCGUGUCAUCAAGCUCGUCUCUCCGGUGCCCAUGGCCGGACCUCCAGCCGGAGCUGUUGGGCGUCGUGCUCUCGCGGCUGCCGUCGCACGCCGACCGCGUCCUCCUCGCCGCCGUCUGCCGCGCAUGGCGCUCCAACGCGCGGCUGCUGCGCCCGCUUCCCCCGCUGCUCCCGUGGAUUGCCCUCUGCGAUGGCACCUUCCUCAGCCUCCCCGACUGCGCCGUCCACCGCCUGCCCGCCGCGGACGACGGCGUCUCCAUCCGAGCCUCCACCGGCAGCAGGCUCUUCCUCGUGCACGGCGACGGCAGGUGCUCGCUGAUGAAACCUUCCCCCUCUGCGACGACCCCUGUCCCCGAGGCUGCCUUCUGGUUCCAGGGAAAGCCCGUCGUCCGGAAGGUGGUGGCGUCCGAUCACCUCAUCGCCGCUCUGGUGGAGUCAACAAAUUCCACGACCGCGAGAGUCAUCAUCUCUACUCGUGGGCAGCCAUGGCACAUCACGAGGUGCUCCACGAUGGAGUGGGCGGAGCCUGAAGGCGGCUUCGUCAGCGACAUUGCCAUCUUCAAAGGAAAGAUCUACGCCCUCCUCACCACAAAUGUGGAGCGAUAUCGUCAGCAUGAACUUUGUAUCCUGGACGACGGCCACGAGCAGACAACCAUCCACGGUACCCUAGUAGGGCGGGAGGCAUGGUAUGAUCCUAACUUGACCGGCUUCUACUUGCAGCGGAACUACCUUGUCGUCUCCGGUGAUAGGCUGCUGAUGGUCGAACAAAGGAUCAGCGAGCCGUGGCCGAGAGACUGGGGACCUUUGAAGCUGACUCGACACUUCAAGGUAUUGGAAGCAACGGACCUGAGCAGCAGCGGCUGUGCACACUGGACCGAAGUCGAUACAUUGAUGGGGCGCGCGCUCUUCGUCAGCCAAGGGUGCUCCGAGUCCCUCCCUGCCAGUGCCGGAGGUCAAUCUAGCGGCACCGGAGUUGAAGAAGAUUGCAUCUACUUUCUAAACGAGAAGAAAGGAUCUAGUCAGCCUGGUUUGGCCUUUCUUAACUUAAAGCCGGGCAGGCCCUUCGUUUCAAAAAUAAACAGGGGAAAUUGUGAGAAUGCCUUUCAAGACUCUGGGGUGUACAACAUGAGAGACCGGACAGUGAUGCCAUUGCUGUCGGAGACGGUAGUGGCGUCCACAGCCGGCGAAGGUCCAUGGUCUCCUACUUGGCUUUUUCCAGAGCCUUGAGUUAAGCUAGUUACGCUGUAUUAUUAGUUACUAGGAUUUUUCUUAGAUGUUGCAGUAUGUAUUGCUUCCAUCUCCUUUUUACUUUCGCAAUACCAAUUAGACACUUUUAAAGUUCUAUAAAGCAUAUGCUCGAGACUGUGAAGUGUGAACAAAUCAUCUCUUGUGUGUGUGUGGUAUAGGAAUAUCUGGAAUUUAAUUCAAAAUGAGAAGCUGCGGAUCAGCACAAGCUGGGUGCAGAGCUUGUGCACAAGCAGACCCACAUAAGCAAGAGAACUGCAAAGCGUGUUGUAUUUGCAUGUGAUGCUGAAAUGUGAUACAGAAGCUUUUUCUCUCAAACAUGAGCUCCUAGAAGAUGUUAAUCUGAUAUCCAGCGAGCAUACCUAACUUGUCGCCGCCGCUACCGGCGCCGCAAGGGAAUAUUUGGUCCCCUCGCCUAUCGCUACCAUCUUGGCGCUGAGAGAUGGGGCAACUUCGCAUCUUCAAGAGUUGUAUAUUCUUUGUCAUCGUUUAGUAAUCAUCGUAUUUUGUGAGAAUAAAUUUACUUUUUUUAUGGUGCCUUGAGGUUAGAAAGUUUUUUGUCCUUGCAGAUUUCAUUAUUCAGAUCUGAUGAGUUGAUGUUGGUGUGUCAAAAAAAAUAUUGGUUUGAUUUUUUGUGAAAUUGAAAUCUCUUUAUCGGCAUCAUGAUGAAGAUAUUGUGAUCCAACGGCCUGCACUUCUAGGAGAUUAUCCAUGGCCCAAGUACGUUCCUCGAUCGAGGCUUCUUUUAUCUGUUUGGAUGGACGGCUCAAGGUGCUUUCAAAAACCAUUAUUGAUAAUGUUUGUGCGGGUGAAAAAAUGAUAACACCUUUGCUCCGGUCUAAUUGUAGCCUCUUUACCGAAAUCUUUGGAGUAUUUUUUCUAGCUGAAAUUGAUGCAACAAAAAAGGUGUUUCCAAAAGAAUUUAUUGCAAUUC